UAACUUGGCUGUGUGGUUUCAGGUCUUAACCGAUUCCCUAAAAACAAAUAAAAACAAUAUUCUUGAAAAUAUGCCAAUCAGUAAUAAAAAAGUAGAAUUGGUCUAGAAAUACGAAACUCUGGAAAUAAUAAAAAGACGUGCUAGCAAUUCUAUCGAAGAUUCUUAAAGUGAACACUUUCUGGGUGUUAAUACAGCUGAAAUGGCUUCGCCACUAGAACAAUUCGUAAACAAUGUGAGAACUCUGUCUGCUUCAGGUAGUUUCCGAGAGUUGUGUGAUAUUAUUGGGAAGUCAGAUGAGGUCCUCCAGCGCAAUAGUGCUCAUCUUAGCACUGUACUAGAAACUCUUGAUAUUCAGCAGCACUCACUUGGAGUAUUGGCUGUACUUGUUGCUAAAUUUUCUUUACCACAGAGUACGGGUGAAGGGGACAAAUCAACAAUGUUCCAACAAAUCCAUGACUUUAUUAACAAUUGCAAUGGUGAACAAGUGCGCUUUUCACCAGACUUAUAUGCAGAUUUGUGUCAUCUCCUAACAAACCACUUGGUGGAAUUGAAGCAACCAAUUAAAGGAAUAGAAAUAUUGAAGAAAGCCAUAAGAAAGAUACAGUUGUUUGAUUCUCAACUCACAUCUAUACAUGCUGAUCUCUGCCAACUAUGUUUGUUAUCAAAAUGUAUGAAGCCUGCUCUUGAAUUUCUGAAUACUGAUGUUACAGGCAUUGGUGCUGAGCUUGGUGGCAAUAAUGACUCGAAAAACUUUUUGCUUUAUUACUAUUAUGGAGGUAUGAUUUACACAGCAAUGAAGAAUUAUGAUAGAGCAUUAUAUUUCUUUGAAGUUGUUGUAACAGUUCCAGCUAUGGUUGUGUCACAUAUAAUGUUGGAAGCAUAUAAGAAAUAUAUAUUGGUGUCACUCAUUUUACAUGGAAAGAUUUUACCAAUGCCAAAAUACACGNCACAAGUGGUCUGCCGUUUCUUGAAACCAUUGUCAGUGGUGUACCAUGAAUUAGCUUCUUCACAGCAUGCAGCCAUAAAGCAUAGGGAGACAUUUGUCAGAGAUAAAAAUAUGGGAUUAGUUAACCAAGUGCUGAGCUCAAUGUAUAAAAAAAAUAUUCAAAGGUUAACUAAGACCUUUCUGACCCUCUCCCUCAGUGAUGUUGCAUCUAGAGUGCAGCUAGCAGGACCAGCGCAGGCCGAAUCUUACAUACUUAAUAUGAUUGAAGAAGGCGAAAUAUAUGCAAUGAUAAACCAGAAAGAUGGUAUGGUGGUAUUCCUAGAUAGCCCUGAGAAAUAUGCUUCACCUGAAACAUUGUGUGUACUGGAACAACAAAUGGCAGCCUGCACCAAACUUCAUCAAUAUAUCCAGGAGAUGGAUGAGCAGAUACAAGUUAAUCCUCAGUAUGUGAAGAAAUGCGCUGGAAGCCACGAUGAAGACAUUCCAGGAACAAGUCAGAACUCAAAGACUACUUACUCAAUGUAACUUGUUUUUAAGAUUAAAAACCUUAUUUAAUAAA